AUGGGUGGGUCCCUCUGGAAAGGGGCCCUCUCAUACUCAUUCCUUUUCCCUACAGACAAAUGCCUUUACCUCUAUGGCAGCUCAGGGCUGGGAGGGCUCCUGGUUGUGGUUCUGUCCUCCUGUAUGUGUUGGCUGCAUCGGGGAGGUGAGCCCACCCUGACCUCCGUCAUCACCGCCCAGCAAUGCCCCAAGGGACCCCCACCCACACCCUUUCUUACCGCUUUCCCAGAAGCGCCCAUCAACCCUGACACGCCCUGGAAGCUGGAAAGGAGCUGGGAGCAGGAACUCCACCGUGCGUCUCUGUGGAGGCUGCCCUACUGCAAGCGACCUGACCUUGGUGAUCCAGAAAGGGAAGGCUCCAUGGGGGACUCCAGCACCAACUACACCUGUAUUGCUGAAAACAAACCCACCUGAACCCCCAGAUACCACCCUCAACCCAGGCAAACAUCCUGUGGCUCACCCAGCAAAGACCAUGGUCUUGAGGCCUCCCAUGUCUCAGACUUCUCAGUCUAUCUCAAGCCCCCAUUCGAUAUAGCCACCAUCAGAACUUAACUGACUUACCUUCCCACCCACUCUGGGAUCAAGUAGUGACUUAUUGGAUGAAGAAGGGUGUUUAGGGACCCAAGCUCCCCUGAGGCCAGAACAGAGUAUAAUAGCCCCUGCCCCACCCCUUGUAUGCGGUUUCGCUUUCUACUGUUUCAGUUACCUGCAGGCAGAAAAUAUUAAAUGGGUAAUUCUAGAAGUAAACAAUUCCUAAGUUUCAAAUUGCACACCAUUCUGAGUAGCUUGCUGAGAUUUCAUGCUGUCCCGCCUCAUUCUGCCUGGUACAUGAGUCAUCCGUUUGUGCACAAAUCCACCCUGGAUAUGCUACCCAGCUGCAGUGCAUCCCACUGGGUUACAAGACCAGCCGUCGUGGCAUUGCAGUGCUUGUGUUCAAGUCACCCGUAUCGCACGCAGCCUAACACUCUGCCACAGUGCCUGUGCCUACACCUUUCACGUUGGUCCCCUCACUUCAUCACAUCACCUAGGCAAGCAUUGUUCAUCUCACGUAUCACAAGAAGAAGGGUGAGUACAGGACAAUCAGAUAUUUUGAGAGGGAGAAACCACAUCCAUAUAAUUUUUAUUAUAGUAUGUUGUUAUAAUUGUUCUAUUUUAUUACUAUUGUUUUCAAUCUCUUACUGUGCCUAAUUCAUAAAUUAAUGCUUAUCAUAGAUAUGUACAUG